AUGCUGUUAGAUGUCUCCAGCGGGGGUCGUCACCAGUCAGCGCAGCGCUCUGUUUGUCCCUCAUCAGCCACGGUGGAGCCCCAGCCCAGGUCUCCGGACAGCAGCAGUGAGGAGUGCACAGUGCUGGAGGCACUGCCCAGCAAGAUGUCCCUGCCCGCCUGCACACAGCACCAGGCCAAGGAGGUGGAGCUGUACUGUGCAGCGUGUGCUGUGUUGGUGUGUGAGGACUGUGUUAGUGGGGACCAUGUGGACCACGCCACGGAACCCCUCAGCACCGCAGCGGAGAAGCUCCGGCAGACGCUACAGGAGACGGUCAUGGCUGCCACCAACAGGCUGCCACAGAUCUCCGAGGCUCGUCAGACGCUGAAGGACAUCCUGCAUCAGCUGAGCGAUCAGCGUAGUUCCAUCGAGGAGGGAAUCCACUCCUCCUUCACCGAGCUCCACAAGACCCUGGACGUGCGCAAGAGCGUCCUGCUCAUGGAACUGGAGGUCACCUACACACUGAAGCAGAAGAUCCUGCAGGCCCAACUGGAUGCUCUGGUGGAGGGCGAGGAGCACAUCCAGAGCAGCCGCAGCCUCUCGGAGGAGGCCCUGGGGAGGGAGAAGGAGAAGGACUGCAACGGCGGGGGCUUGGCGGCCGGCGACGCGGCCAUGAUCCUCCUGGCCCACCAGGCUGAGGCCGAGAAGCUGACCAGCCUGGCCAGCGAGGGGCUGCCACUACAGCCGGAGGAGAAUGACCAGCUGGACCUGUACCUGGAGUCGGAGGAGCUGAAGAAGUCGAUCCACAACCUGGGAACCAUCGUCACCACCAGCGCCGUGGCCUGCCAGACCGAGGCCAAGGGGGAGGGACUGGAGCAGUGCGCCGUGGGCGUGCCUACAUCUGUCACCAUAGUGACCCGCGACAAGGCUGGCGGCCUGUGCAAGGCGGGCAACGCAGUCAUCUCGGCCGAGGUGUUCACGCCGGACGGCAGCAUUGCAGACGGCGAGAUCCUGGACAACAAGAACGGCACCUACGACUUCCUCUACACCGUCCCCAAGGAGGGAGACUUCUGCCUGGCCGUCAGGCUCUACGACCAACACAUCAAGGGGAGCCCCUUCAGGCUGCGGGUCACCCCACCCUGCUCCCCUGAGGACUCACAGAUCCUCUCCCCGCCGUCCUCGGCUGCCAACGCCGGCUCGUCAGGCUCGUCGGGUGGUGCCAAGCGGCGCGGAGCCAAGUCGCCCGGCUCGGGCAGCCGAAGUCGCCAGCGGGGGGUGCGGCGGGCCGGGAGCAUGUUCAGCACCCCAAAAAAGAAGGCCAACCCCAUAGAGGACGACCUCAUCUUCAAAAUAGGAACCAAAGGGAGAAACAAGGGAGAGUUCACCAACCUGCAAGGAGUGGCUGCCUCUGCCACCGGGACCAUCCUCAUUGCGGACAGCAAUAACCAGUGCGUGCAGGUUUUUUCCAAUGACGGAACCUUCCAGAACCGCUUUGGGGUGCGUGGGCGGUCGCCGGGGCAACUGCAGCGGCCAACGGGAGUGGCGGUCCAUCCCAACGGUGACAUCAUCAUUGCAGACUAUGACAACAAGUGGGUCAGCAUCUUCUCCAGCGAGGGGAAAUACAAGGGUAAGCUGGGCUCCGGGCGGCUGAUGGGGCCUAAGGGGGUGUCUGUGGACCACAACGGACACGUGAUCGUGGUGGACAACAAGGCCUGCACCGUCCUCAUCUUCCAGACCAGUGGCAAGCUCAUCAGCAAGUUCGGUAGCCGUGGAAACGGAGAUAAACAGUUCGCUGGGCCACACUUCGCUGCCGUCAACGGUAGCAAUGACAUCAUCAUCACAGACUUCCACAACCAUUCAGUAAAGGUGUUCAACACGGACGGAGAGCUGCUGCUGAAGUUUGGCUCAAACGGAGAGGGCAAUGGCCAGUUCAACGCCCCGACAGGCGUAGCAGUGGAUGGCAAUGGCAACAUUAUCGUGGCAGACUGGGGAAACAGCAGGAUCCAGGUGUUUGACAGCAGCGGUUCCUUCCUCUCCUACAUCAACACAUCGGCGGACCCCCUGUACGGCCCCCAGGGCCUGGCCCUCACCUCCGACGGCCACGUGGUGGUAGCCGACUCCGGGAACCACUGCUUCAAGGUGUACCGCUACCUGCAGUAGAACCACCGGCCAGAACCAGGAAGCAUUUCUUACUGACCAACCCACUUCACAAAUUAUUAGCCACAUAGGCAGCAUUUAUUACUGGACAACCCACCCAGCCAGCCAGCCAUCCAACCAAACAGACAGACAGAGAAGACAGACCGAUAAAGACAACCAAUCAGUAACACCAUUCUCCAGAACCUGAAAUUACUGGGAAGCAUUUAUUCCUGACCAACCCACGCAACCGAUAAACCAAACCAGACAGGCUGAUAAAGGGAACUAAUCCAUCUAAGGUGUAACGCUACCUGCUGUAAAACCAUCUUCCGUCCAGAACCAGGAAUUACCAUGAAGCAUUUACUGCUGACCCAAUGUCCCCCCCACCCUCUGGUCAACCAGGAAGCAUUUAGUACAGACAGACAGACAGACAGACAGACAGACAGACAGACAGACAGACAGACAGACAGACAGACAGACAGACAGACAGACAGACAGACAGACAGACAGACAGACAGACAAAAGCAACCAAUCCACGUGAGGUGAGGUUACCUGCUGUAAAACCGUCAUCCAUCCAGAACCAGGUACGUUGAAGCAUUUCUGACUGACCCACCCAAGGAACCCCCUGCCCAACAAGAAAGCAUUUAUUACAGAUCAUCUCAUCUCACCCAGCCAAAUAGCCAAGCAGACCGAAUUAAGGCAACCAUUCCACCAACGGUGUAAUGCUUCCUGCAAUAAAACCACCAUCCAGAAGCAGGAAGGUAAUCACCAGGGAAAUAAUAUUUACUGACUAACCCACCCAGCCAAAAAGGCAAGACAGAGUAGGGCAGAAAAUACAGCUGAGGCAUACCACUAUUUGCAGUAAACCUAUCAUCGAGAACCAGUGGUUUCUGGGAAACCAUUCUUAUUGACCCAAUCAAGAACACCUUACCUCCCAUCCCCUGACCCCCUACACCCACAGACAACUAGCCAGGCAGAUCGAUCAAGGCAACCAAUCCACAGAUCGGUCAAGGUAACCGCCACCAACAGUAAACAUUGCCUGUAAUCAGUAAUGGUCAAGAAUCAUUUCACGCUGACUCAGCCAACCAGCCAGACAAACCAAUCAAAGGGACUCACUUAAGAAUUUCUUAUUAACCAGGAACCAACUAACCAACCAGCCAACAAGAUUAAAAAAAGACAGUCAGAUCAAGGCAAUUCAUCCCAGCAACACUUCAGAAACAUCAUCCACCCUCUUACAACAUUGCAGUCAACAGGGGGGGGGCAGAAAAGUAUCCAACUUCCCACCCACCAACCAAACAACAGCCUGGAAAACGUGGGAAGAAAAACAAACGUUCCUGAAAGUGGAACCAGAACUGCAAUCGGCUCCAAAGGAGCUCAUGUUUAGGGGCCCUUACACACACACACACACACACACACAGUCAUGAAAUCACUGAGAGAUUUUUGUUUUUGCUGGGUUGUGCCUCCUGUUCUCCCAAGGCAAAUUCCUGUCCGCACCCCCGAAGACAGGUAAUCUCAAAUAUCGCAAAACACACAAAAACAGUUUCGCGAAGUGCCACCCCCCAUUGUCAAGUAUGUUCCAUGGGCCUUAUUUGAGUUUAAGAAUGGGCAUGCCUAUAGAAUGUCUGCAAUUUGUUGUGCAUACGAAAAAAGGGAUGUGUCUUACCCCCCAAACUCCUCACGGAAAUGUUUGUCAAUCGGGUGGCUAGUAUGCUGAAACCCACAUUGUUCUGUUUCUUUUGAUUCGAACAAUCAGAGCCAAUGAGAAAACAAGAAAAAAAUAUAUGGCUGACUUUGAAAUGUUCUUGACACAAAAUGCCUGGAAAAAAGAAUAUACUUCUUCCAUGAAAUAUGAAGACAAAAGAUUCUGAGAAAGGAAAAAAGAAGUUCACACACCAGACGGCAAGCAGGCAACACUGUAUGUCACCUGUGUUAUGCCUGAAGACAGAGUGUAGUCUACUCUGAUGGUAGGGUACUACAGUACGAGGGUAGCAUCCUACAAGGAUAUCGUCAAAUAAAGAAAACAGCUUUAGCACACGGUAGCUUGCCUCUGCCACAGUCUCACUAUAACAUCUUGGCCGUUCAAUGUUGUGUCCAUUUUGAGUAUGUAUUCCGACUUGAAGCUAUAGCAUUUGAUCAAGACUAAUGGUAUAUGUUGACUGGCUACUUUAGGUAGGCUAAUAAUGUGGACAAACAAUUCAAUGUGCACUUGGCGUUUAAGCAUUGCGAUGCCUGUAGACAAGAAGUGAACGUACCUUUUGGCCUGGGCUUUUGGUUUGUUUGUGUCCUUUCAAGAUUCCCAGGCUACUCUAAUAUUUCUAUACAGACGUAUCCUGCUUGUCACUUUGUAACUUAGUCUGCACACCCUUUGUCUAUUUUUUUUGCAAUCAACAUACAGAAAUGAUGUCCAUGGGGAAAAAACCACACUAUUUUAGAAUUAGGCUAUAGCUUUUCUAACUGUCUAACAAAAUUAAAAGCUGUUUCAACAUGUUCUAUACAGUAUUGCUCUAUAUAACGCCCUUAUAUGUCAUUAUAUGAAUACUCAGCCCAAAAUGAAAAGAGUAAAGUUGUCUAUUUUUUAAUAAAUAAUAGUUUGAAAAGUCACUAUCUAUUCAGACAUGUCCGUUGCCUGACAGCAUUGUACUGCUGCGUUCCAUGCUGAUACUUUAAGACCAAACUUGGGCAUGAAAAUGCUUGCUUGCUAGAUGUUAGUUAACACUGUAUACCAGUAACUUAGAAGCAUGUAUUAUUCCACAAAAGAUGAAAUCGUAGCAAUAGGCUACAGCUACAUGAAAAGAAAAUAAUGGAAAAAAAUUAUCAAUGCACUGAUUCAUUUCCACUUUGAACUUUUGUUGUUGCUUUUUUUUUUUUGGCAGACUCAUUCCUACUUAUUCUAAUUCCCAUCGUGAUGUUUACAUUUUUGAAGCUGAUAUUGUUUAUGAGGUAUUGCACUGGAAGAAUGUAUAUUUAUUUCAGAUUGUGUUUUUCUACACAGUAUUAUUUAAAACUAUAUAUUAAGUUGUUGUCAUGAAUGUUAUUUUUAUAUAUACCAUGAUGAUUUGUGUUUACUUCAGAAGAGGAUUGUGUAGUCAACAUGCGUACAUGGGUUUUAACAGAAUGUUUAUUUGCCAUGCCUUGAUUUCAGCCUUAACUUCAUUUUUUUUUUCUUCAAAGAAAAACCUGGGGAGUACUCCAAGAACCUGACUAAGUAAAUCAGGUGACGUCCAGGUGACACAGUGGGCUAUCUAUUAGCAAGUUUACCACUUCCCAUAGGUUGAUUUAGCCGGGUUUAUCACUUAACCAUGUUCAUGGAAUAACACCCCCGAGUAGAUAAUCCAUGUGUCAACAGUGCUAGCUAACUCAACAUACUGUACGAUUGACUGACUUUACAGUACAGUUAGUGCAUUAUACCAUGAUUUGGUAACACUUUAGAAUAGGGUUCUUAUGUUCGCCACUAAUACAUGCCUAUCUACUGUCUGUAUAAUGACUUUGGCCUAAAAACAUUUGAUAAGGGCCUACUAGGUCUUUACUACCGUUAUAUCAAUAAGACCUUAUUGGCUGCGAACAAGAAAUGUGCAUAUGCACACACCCGACGACAGGAGGGACGGGGACAAAGGGGUAUGUUGUCCCAGGUCCAGGGAGAAAGGGGGGCUGUAUGCAUUGGAUAGAAGGGCCCUUCAGAUGACUUUGUCCUGGGCCCAGCAAAAGCUGUCAGCGGCCCUGCAUAUGCACCUAACAAAUUAUUAAUUUAGCUUAACACGUCUUAAAAGUCACUUCUACAGUCAUUAGACUUGCAUUAGUGUGGCCAACAUGUGAUCCUCAGAGUAAAGUGUUACCCAUAAUUCCUCUACCUUGUCUAUGAUGUCAGAUUGUUUGUAGACGGUGCAGACUCUGUCCACACAACAUACUUCACUCCUCACUGCUACCAAACAAUGCCAAUAAAGGACUGAGUAGAUCAUGGACCACUUCUA